AUGGCUUCCGCUCUGGGCCGGGUGAUUGAGAAGCUUCAAGCUGUGGACAAGGAGACGGCAUCCGCGCAGAAUCGUGUCGCACGGCUCCAGCGCGCUAAGGAACAGCAGGUGUUGCAGCUUGCAACGACACAAGAGCAGCUGCUCUACGCUAAAACAGUAAUGCAGCGAUGCGAAGAAAAAGCUGCGGCUGUGUACCAUUACUACUUCGUUGACCCGUCCGUCGACCGGUUGUCCGGUGCAACGCCCAAUCCUCCUGAUGAUGGCGAGUCGGUGAGAGUCAGCAUCCCAGCGAGCAAGCCGUCCCACCUCACAAGCGCGACCGCGCAGAGCGCCGGCGCCGAGUCCGAAGACGCCACCACCACAGUCACGCACAAACGCGAGGUAGGUGCCAGGGGUUCCGAUGUCUGCAAGACAAAAGCACCGCCAAGCAUUCACCGUCGCUUUCCCAUCGUGGUCAAAUUCGAGGGCUCCUGGAUAGAGAUCUCUUGCAACUACUGCGGCGCAAAUUCGGGCAUCAAUUCGGGAGAAUUCAUGAAGGGCGUGGUCGGCCUGGGCAAACACAUCAAGCUCCACGCUGCACAUGAACGUGGCGUAUUCCCGAUUGCCGAGAUUCUGGCUACGUGCAUGAAGCGUCAAGUCAGCGAUCGGGACGCGCUCAACAUGGUGCGGGGGAGAGACCCAAUCGAUCGUGAGAUCAAGAACGCUGUGCCACCAGCUCGUGUGAAGCGGGUCUGCAAAGAUCCCAAACUGCCGGUGGAGGCUUCCAUGGACGACUCGGUCCCCAACAGUACCGAGACGAGGUCUUUCCGGAAGUUCUUCGAAAAUCUCGAGAAGCAAGAUAUCGGGACCGCCGGCGAGAGAUCCACGGACUCCAGUAUGUCCCGCUCAUCGUUCGGCCUGCCUCAGAAGCGUCGUCACGAGAGUGAGCCUGAGCUUAGUAGCUUCGACAUGCUGUGUCAGGGUGAAAUCUCCUUGCCAGGACCGACAAGAAAACGCGCGGCCGCCACCACUCCUUUGGGUGGACCUCUCGACUACACCUGCGUCAACCACGAUGAAGACGAUGAGGAGUAG